AUGAUCAACUUCCGUGUACAGCCCGUGGCGGCCCUUCUCCUGAUCGUCAUUACGGCCCUCCUCAUGACCAUUACUCUCGUGCCCAACAGCCUCCCGCGUGCAGACAAUGUUCCCCUUGCUGUUCUUACGCAUACACUACUGUUCAAGUUCAGCGCGAAAGCCAGCGCUGAGGAUGUAAAAGCGGUGAGCACCCCCCCUUCAAUUGAUUCCGCCACGCGACGCAGCCAUGACAAUCCAUCCGACCAACCAGCUAACGCAGGGCAUCUUUCUGCCCAUUUCCAGGCCUGCGCUCGUUUCCUAAAACUAAAAGACGAUUGCAUUCUCCCAGGCAAGAAGAGGCCUUACAUUGUAUCAAUGCGCGGCGGCCAAGACAAUUCCCCCGAAGGUCUGCAGGACGGCUUCACACAUGGAUUCGUCGUGCAAUUCCACUCGGCCAAGGAUCGCGAUUACUAUGUCAACUCAGACCCUGCCCACCAGGCCUUCAAGGAGAGCAUUGCCAGCUUAGUGGACAAGGCCCUCGUGGUCGACUUUGACAAUGGCGUGUACUGA